AUGGCCGAGCGCGGGGGCCCGCCGGGGGCGGCGCCGCUGCCCGCGGAGCUGCGGGAGAGCCUGGCCGAGCUGGAGCUGGAGCUGUCGGAAGGUGACAUCACGCAAAAAGGGUAUGAGAAGAAACGGGCGAAGCUGCUGGCAGGUUACGCGCCCGGCGCACAAGGCGCAGACGGCAGGCUCCCUGGGCCUCCCCGCGCCACGGCUGCCGUGCCCCAACCGCAGAAGCCCAGGCCCGCCAGCUCCCGGGACGAGCGCUUCCGCUCAGAUGUCCACACGGAGGCCGUGCAAGCAGCUUUGGCCAAAUACAAGGAGAGGAAGAUGCCCAUGCCUUCGAAGCGGCGGUCUGCGCUGGUGCACUCGUCCGUGGAAGCCUACACGCCCCCAGACACGUCGUCCGCCUCGGAAGAUGAGGGCUCUUUGCGGCCGCCUGGGCGACCCUCCUCUGCUCCGCGCCAGCGCCAUUCCAACGCCGAGCCCUGGCUCGGCCGGGCCCUGCCGGGCUCGUCCACCUCAUCCUCUGCAUCCUCCACCUCAUCCCACCCGGGAGGGACGCCCGCUGGCCCCGGGGCCCACGUAGCAGGUCUGUGCGUGGCACCCCCUGAUGUCACCACGGGCCUCGUAGAGCACGUGCCCUGUGAGCGGCCCCCCGCGGCUGCAGUGCGAGGUGCCCCUCGGGGCUGCGGCAGGAGCAUCCUGGAGACCGCAGGAGGCGUGCCCGUGAGCAGCAGGGUGUCCUCCAAGAUCCAGCAGCUUCUCAACACCCUUAAGAGGCCCAAGCGCCCGCCCCUGAAGGAGUUCUUCGUGGAUGACUCCGAGGAGCUGCUAGAAGUUCACCAACCAGACCCCAAUCAGCCAAAGCCAGAGGGAAGCCAGAUGGCGGUGCUGGAAGGGGAGCCCCUGGUCCAAGGGACCCCCAGACCACCAUCGUUGCUGGCCGCCUUGCAGCAGUGGGGCGCGACGCAGCCCAAAGCCCCCUGCCUGACUGCCUUGGACACCGCGGGCAAGGCCGUCUACACCCUCACCUACGGAAAACUUUGGAGCCGGAGCCUAAAGCUGGCGUACACUCUACUCAACAAGCUGACGGGCAGGAACGAGCCGCUGCUGAGGCCUGGAGACAGAGUGGCGCUGGUGUUCCCCAACAGCGACCCCGCCGCCUUCAUGGUCGCCUUCUACGGCUGUCUCCUGGCGGAGCUGGUUCCCGUGCCCAUAGAAGUGCCCCUGACCAGGAAGGACGCAGGCAGCCAGCAGGUGGGCUUUCUACUCGGCAGCUGCGGGGUCACCUUGGCCCUGACCACAGAUGCAUGUCAGAAGGGCCUGCCCAAGGCACAGACUGGAGAAGUGGCCACUUUCAAAGGAUGGCCCCCACUUGCCUGGCUGGUGACCGAUGGGAAGCAUCUGGCCAAGCCCCCCAAGGACUGGCACCUGCUGACCCCGGAGGCAGGGCCCGGGGUGGCCUACAUCGAGUACAAGACCAGCAAGGAUGGCAGCACGGUGGGUGUGACCGUGUCCCACCGCUCCCUGCUCGCACAGUGCCGGGCGCUCACCCAGGCCUGCGGCUACUCAGAAGCUGAAACGUUAACCAACGUGCUGGAUUUCAAAAGGGAGGCUGGCCUGUGGCAUGGGGUGCUGACAAGCGUUAUGAACAGGAUGCACGUGAUCAGCAUCCCAUAUGCACUGAUGAAGGUGAACCCCCUCUCCUGGAUCCAGAAAGUGUCCUCUCAUAAAGCCCAGGUGGCCCUGGUGAAGUCCCGUGACAUGCACUGGUCUCUCCUGGCGCAGCGGGGCCAGCGGGACGUCAGCCUCAGCUCGCUGCGCCUGCUGAUCGUGGCCGACGGCGCCAACCCUUGGUCCAUCUCCUCCUGCGAUGCAUUCCUCAACGUCUUUCAGGCCAGGGGGCUGAGGCCGGAGGUCAUCUGUCCCUGCGCCAGCUCCCCAGAGGCGCUGACGGUCGCCAUCCGCAGGCCGCCUGAGCUGGGAGGCCCUCCCCCGAGGAAAGCCGUCCUGUCGAUGAACGGGCUCAGCUAUGGUGUCAUCAGAGUCGACACAGAGGAGAAGCUGUCUGUCCUCACUGUCCAGGACGUGGGGCAGGUGAUGCCUGGAGCCCGCGUGUGCGUCGUGAAGGUGGAUGGGGCCCCGCUCCUCUGCAAAACAGACGAAGUUGGGGAGAUCUGCGUGGACUCCAGCGGCACCGGUUCGGCCUACUACGGACUGCUCGGCAUCACGAGGACCAUCUUUGAGACUGUCCCGGUCACGGCAGAGGGCACACCUGUCUCCGAGAGGCCUUUCACCAGGACCGGGCUGCUGGGCUUCGUGGGGCCUGACCACCUGGUCUUUGUCGUGGGCAAGCUGGACGGGCUGAUGGUGGUUGGCGUCCGCAGACACAAUGCAGACGAUGUUGUGGCCACUGCGCUGGCCGUGGAGCCCAUGAAGUUUGUCUACAGAGGCAGGAUCGCCGUGUUCUCCGUGACUGUGCUUCACGACGACCGGAUCGUGGUGGUGGCCGAGCAGCGGCCGGACGCCUCGGAGGAGGACAGCUUCCAGUGGAUGAGCCGCGUGCUGCAGGCCGUGGACAGCAUCCACCAGGUAGGCGUGUACUGCCUGGCCCUGGUUCCGGCCAACACCUUGCCCAAGGCGCCUCUUGGCGGCAUCCAUGUCUCUGAGACCAAGCAGCGCUUCCUGGAGGGCCUGCUGCACCCCUGCAGCGUGCUCAUGUGCCCUCACGCCUGCGUCACCAACCUGCCCAAGCCGCGCCAGAAGCAGCCAGAGGUCGGGCCCGCCUCCAUGGUCGUGGGGAACCUGGUCGCGGGCCGGAGGAUCGCGCAGGCCGCGGGCCGGGAGCUGGCGCACCUGGAGGACAGCGACCAGGCGCGCAAGUUCCUGUUCCUGCCCGACGUGCUGCAGUGGCGCGCGCACGCCACGCCCGACCACCCGCUGUUCCUGCUGCUCAACGCCAAGGGCACUGUCACUAGCACCGCCACCUGUGUUCAGCUGCACAAGAGGGCAGAGAGGGUGGCCGCUGCUCUAACAGAGAAGGCGAGGCUGAGCAUCGGGGACCACGUGGCCUUGGUGUACCCCCCAGCUGACCUGGGCCUCGUGUGUGCAGGCGUGGACCUCAUCGCCGCCUUCUACGGCUGCCUGUACUGCGGUUGCGUGCCCGUCACUGUGCGCCCCCCUCACCCCCAGAAUCUUGCUACCACGCUGCCUACUGUCAAGAUGAUCGUGGAGGUCAGCCAGGCCGCCUGCGUCCUCACCACGCAGGCCAUCAUGCGGCUGCUCAGGUCCAAGGAUGCUGCCGCUGCUGUGGACGUCCGGACCUGGCCGACCAUCUUGGACACAGAUGACCUCCCCAAGAAGAAGGUGGCCGGUGUCUUCAGGCCCCCGACGCCAGAUGUGCUUGCAUACCUGGACUUCAGCGUGUCCACCACGGGGAUACUCGCGGGGGUGAAGAUGUCGCAUGCUGCCACGAGUGCCUUAUGCCGCUCCAUCAAGCUGCAGUGUGAGCUGUAUCCCUCCAGACAGAUCGCCAUCUGCCUCGACCCCUACUGUGGCCUCGGCUUCGCCCUGUGGUGUCUGUGCAGCGUCUACUCAGGGCACCAGUCGGUGCUGGUGCCCCCGCUGGAGCUGGAGAGCAAUGUGGCCCUGUGGCUGUCGGCUGUCAGUCAGUACAAGGCCCGCGUCACCUUCUGCUCCUACUCGGUGAUGGAGGCCUGCACCAGGGGCCUGGGCACGCAGACUGGCGUCCUCAGGACGAAGGGGGUGAACCUGUCCUGCGUGCGCACCUGCAUGGUGGUGGCGGAGGAGCGGCCCCGCAUCGCGCUGACGCAGUCCUUCUCCAAGCUCUUCAAGGACCUGGGCCUGCCUGCCCGCGCGGUCAGCACCACCUUCGGGUGCAGGGUCAAUGUGGCCAUCUGCCUGCAGCCCAACAGGCUGGGAAAGCUGGCUGAGCAGGGCACGGCCGGCCCGGACCCCACGACCGUCUACGUGGACACGCGGGCCCUGCGGCAUGACAGGGUGCGCCUGGUGGAACGGGGCUCUCCGCACAGCCUGCCGUUGACGGAGUCUGGAAAGAUCCUUCCUGGGGUGAAGGUCAUCAUUGCCCACACUGAGACCAAGGGGCCCCUUGGUGACUCCCACCUGGGAGAGAUCUGGGUGAGCAGCCCCCACAACGCCACCGGCUACUAUACUGUCUACGGGGAGGAAGCGCUCCAUGCCGACCACUUCAGCGCCCGGCUGAGUUUUGGGGACACCCAGACCGUUUGGGCGAGGACUGGCUACCUGGGCUUCCUGCGAAGAACAGAGCUCACGGACGCCAGUGGAGAGCGGCACGACGCCCUGUACGUCGUGGGGGCCCUGGACGAGACGCUGGAGCUGCGGGGCAUGCGGUACCACCCCAUCGACAUCGAGACGUCCGUGACGCGCGCGCACAGGAGCAUCGCCGAGUGCGCCGUGUUCACGUGGACCAACCUGCUGGUGGUGGUGGUGGAGCUGGACGGGCUGGAGCAGGACGCCUUGGACCUGGUGGCGCUGGUGACGAGCGCCGUGCUGGAGGAGCACCACCUGGUGGUGGGCGUGGUGGUCAUCGUGGACCCCGGCGUCAUCCCCAUCAACUCCCGGGGCGAGAAGCAGCGCAUGCACCUGCGCGACGGCUUCCUGGCCGACCAGCUGGACCCCAUCUAUGUGGCCUACAACAUGUGAGCGGCCCGGGCUCCUGCGGCCCGGCGCAGGGAGACCCUGCGGCGCAGGGGUGCGGGCGGCUGCUCUCUGCUGUAUUGCAAGUUUGCACAUUUUUAGGCUAAAUUUAGUUUUUGGUUUAAAGAAUAGUUAUUUAUUCCCACAUCCAACAACAAACUCACAGAGAAUUUACGCUGGGAGAACAAGGUGCCCACACGUGGGCGCAACAGGGCAGCCAGCCUGGCAGAGGAGCCCUGCCCGCCUGGGCUCUGCAGCAGCCACCCGCUCACGGCUGGGGCACCGUCCUCUGCCGAGUGGGUGAGGGCUGCACCCUGAUGCUUCGGAAAGAGAAACCAGCAUUUAGUCUUGAACCACCGCCCUGGCUUGUACCCGCGCUGCCAGUGAGGUUGCUUGUUCUCAUCACACCACGUUAUAAAUUCUCAGUACGCAGGGAGCCCCAGAUUAUUUUAAUUCCAAGUCUGGUUGGGAAGCGUCGGCAGCAAGAGCCCAUGGCGGUUUGGGCCCCUGGCCAGGGCGCCUGAGGGUGGCAUGGGAGCCAUGGUCCGACCUUGCGGCGAGUUGGGUGCCUAGAAGGUCUCACCAAACUACAUGCAGUUAAUUUUAUUCAAAUUUGACUAACGCAAGUGAUACAGUAUUGUAGUGAACCUAAAUGAAACGAGAAUGUAAAAUCCUUUAGAUGUUUCUAAGAAUUUGAAGUCAAGCUUGAAUCUAAGGUUAUUUUUAUAUUGCUAACAAAGACUGUGAGGAAGGUCUUGGGCUUGGGGGGUUGAGGGUGGGAGAAUUCACACAUGCUUCAGAGAGACAGCCAGGCCUGGCAGCCCCCGGAGGGUCCCUGCAUUUUAAACCUGCACCCCGAGGCCGCCAGCCACCUCUCCCGGCCCCACUGGCAGGGAGCAGCCGCCAGUCCAGUGCUGCCUGGCAAGGCGUGUGCCACAGACGAACCCAGCGACUCCCUGUGACUGCAGGCCCCGCGGGACCUGGGUGGCUUAUUGUGCGAUGUCCGGAGGUUCCUGUUGGGACUGCGGCCAGUCCCUGUGGUGGAAUGGUAGGAGAGACCCGCCAGCCCUCCAGACGCGGCUUCACAGCAGACAUCUGUGAGGCUUCCGUGUUGAAGGGUUGGGCAGUCAUCGAGGUGGCUUGUAAGGCACGGUUAUAAGAACUGCAUUGAAAUGCUCUAAAUUACUCUGGGAAUUCUGUAUGUCACAGUUGAGUUUUUUAUAUCAUGUUAAUAAAAGCUAUAUGAUUGUUUGUAAUUCUGCAUUUUGAAAUGUGUGAAAAGGUUUUUAAAAUUACCCAAGUAGGAUGUGUUUUAUCAUGCAUUUCUGUUUUUCUGAGUAUAACACUAUUUCUGCGCACAGCGGAACCUCUGCGGGCUGUGAGUGGCGCCACCCCACCUCUGUGGCAGAGGCGUGAGUGUUUGCUGUGAAUCCUCUCAGGGACCCAUGCUUUCUUUUUUAAAUUUUUUACAAAAUUAGGAUCGUAUACUUUUAUAAUUAGCUUUUGUACUUAAUAAACCUCAGACCUUCUACUCUGUCCGCACACUCUCCUGCGUGUUCCGUGGU